AUUGCAUCCAAAUUUUCUGAUUUGACAAUAAGUUAGUUUGAUUUCUCAGACAUCUAUGUCAGUGAUAGGCCUAUCUAUGAGACACUAUACUGGCAAAAACUCCCUUGCAGCAGCUUUAAUUGCCAUUGGUUUAUUUGUUUAUUGCAGUUUAUUAAGAAGGACUGCUAAGACAAAUACUGAAAAAAUGUACUCAGCCACUUCUGAGGUCAGGAGCUUUUGUUGUGGCUUGCAGGAUUAGUUAUUUAAAGCCUCAGCCGGUGGAAAUUUCCCAUGGCGUUCCGCGCACGCUCAAUCAAAGCUUUAAUACGCAACCGAGGUAACGGAACAGAAGGGCAGAGAGUCAGUACAGCAUCAGUAUCCGCCGGGAAUGCGACCAUCACUGCCAUAACACGAUCUCUAUAAGGACCAGCACGAGCGCAAUCUCAUGGAGCCAGAGUUUCAAACGCAGCAGAUCCAACAGAUCACUGGAUAAGACACGCGGCGCCACUUCGUUCCUCUACAGUGCCAUCUGUUGAGGUGCAACCUGGCUUCUCUCCAACAGUCUCCUGGGGUUACGACGGAGAGGAAAGCGCCGCACGUCUCUAUUUUUCCCAUAAAGCGCGAGUAAUUUAUCGCCACCAGAUGGAUGGCAAUAUUAUCGACGCCACCUGCUGACCUCUGGGCUUCUUUCCCAGAAUCCCUUGCCUUGUACCUGGCUGUAGACGUCCAGUGUAGAGGAGCAUCGUAGGAGCCAACUGGACUGUUCCGUCCUGUGUAAUUAAACUAAAUCUUUUGUAUUUAGUAAAGAUGUCACAGUGUUUCCUCCGGUUCCUCCAUCCUCUCGCCAUACCUGGCAUUCACCUGUCUUGUACUUACUGUGUUGAAAUAUAAUCUAAUGUUUUAAGGGAGACAGAGUGAUGCGGACCACAUGGAAUGGAAAAACAGGAACUGAGCUGGAUUUUAUAAAUACAAAUGUAAUAUGUUUUUUGUCAUGCAAAUCUGAUCCUGGAUGUAUGAUUGCCCAUUGUUUUUCAGAGGUUCAUGAAUGCAUUUCAGGCAAAAGAUAACAUUUUGUACUAAUCACUGGAAUUAAAAUGAUCAAAUUUAUGUACAUUUAGUAAUUAUGAUGAUAUAUUUUGUUUCUUAUUCUCUGGUUAUGUCAAAGAAGUUUAAAUAUUGAACAAAAUUUUAAAAUAUAUAAUCAUAUUUCUAUUGUUAAUCUUUGUCUCAUUUAAUUAGGAUAAAAUGUGCUUAACUGUCAUAAAAAACAAUUCCCUUAUUGUACAAAAAGGCUUUAUUUUCUUUGUGCUUUCUUUAUUCUUAUUUUGGACCGGGGGUAAAAUAUGAUCUGGACAUGUUAUUGACAGACUUCCCAACUAUUUAAGUUUCAGUUUGAGGUUGUUUUGCUACAUAAAUAGAUAUGUAAAGGGCUAAAUCAGCCAUACAGUUUCAAGUAUUUCAACUUUAAUACUAAUUAAUGCAAAAUAAAAAAUGCAGCUAUUUUGAUGUGGAAAUGCCCAUUUUGUGCCAAUGCCAAGUUUGAUAUUACAAGAAAAUAAACAAACAAAAUAAUUAGAUUUUAUAUCAUACUAAACCCCAAAGAAAUUAUUAAAUUAAUGUUUACUUUGUAUAACAUCUAUUUUUCCACCCACUAUAAAAGUAAUAUUAGAGUUUAAAAAUGAUUAAGUUUAUUAUUAUUAUUAAGUUUAAAAUAUGGCUCAGACAUGUAUUUUAGUUAAAUUUUUUGAGUCUGGGAAUAUUGAUUCAGCCAUAAAAUACUGACUGGUGAGUAUUUAAACUUUUAACUUUUAACACUACGUUAUUUGUUUAACAAUUGUUGUUUAAUUAUUUGUCUGUUCAAAUAAAAGCCCUCAGACGACAACAACAACAACAGAUUAUAGGCUAUUUAAAAAUCAAAAUAAAUACAAAAUGAUAAAAAAUAACAAUAAUAUAAUUCUAAGUUUAUUUUAAAUCAGUUGUUUGUUAUUGCACCCUAUUUAUCAUGAAAAUGCAAUAUGAACUUGACAACACGAUUCACUGCUGAAUCUCAUCCUCUUUAAUGUAAAUUGCAAUGUAUGGACUCUAACUACAGGUGCUGUGGAUGUUUUGCCACUUCACCACUCUAAAAUGUUCUAUUCAUAAUCUUGGGAUGAAUAUUAAACUUGUCUGGCUGGGUAGAAUUACCGUCUUCCAGUGCAAUUUAAUUUCACUAUGUAAACACAAACCCAUUACCCAGACUUCAGAUAAGAGAUGGCAGAGUGGCCCGUUGUCGUCAGGGAGGACACAGAGAGGACAGACAGGAUAUAAAUUCCUUGUUUACCAGACACAGGAUAAGAAUUAGCUUCAUUGUGCCUUUGCAAGUCAUUAUCCGCUAUAAGUAGGCCUAAGUGACGUCGAUGGAUGUCUCUAAAGCAUCUAAUGCUGCGAUGAUAUAGGCCUAUAAGAGCUUAUGUUUCUUAUGAGUGGAUGUUUACAGGCUGCAUUUAUGAAGCUGACAUGUUAAAGAAGUAUUUUAAUGGAGAGCUGCUGUAAUGAAUUGCUCUGUUUUGAGUCCCGAGUCUCUGUAAAUAUGUCAGCCACUAGAUGACACUAUAAACCCAUGAGUUUAGUUUCAGAGAGAAACAGAAAGGCUAUAGAAUACUAGCAAACUGAUUUCCACUCUGAGAACUUUAAUAAACAGCAAGUAAUAUGAGUUUUAAACAUCAGUAUGCUAAAUUGUUGCCGCAUGUUACAUUUUUUGAGGGCAUUGAAGCAUCUCAAAAAUGGAAAAAUGCAUUUUUUUUUGUACAAAUAAUAAUCAUAGCUGAUUGUAUUUCUUUUGUCACAUUUGUAGAAGAGUAUUCCUCAUAGUAUGCACAUAAGUGUUAUUCUAAUAGUAUUUAUUAAUAUUUUGAAUUUGCUUUUUCACUAUUUCAAUUUUAAUACUUAAAUCUAUUUAUUUCAGUUAGUUUUAUUUAUUUUAUUAUUUUUUUAAAUAUUAACAUUAAAUGUAGUAUUCAUAAAGUAAUAAUAUUUAUUUUUCAGUUAUUUAUCUAAUGUUUAAUAUAAAAAUAUGUACAGAAUUUCAUUUCAUCAUCAUUUAUAUCAUUCAUUUCAAUUCCAGAUACGAUUUUUAAUAGUUUUAGUUGACAAUCGCAACAAUGAAGCAAUGGUAGUAAGCUAGUCUGUACUCAGAAAGAUAGAAGAAGGGAGGAGG